AUGGCGUCUGGACUCGAGAUAUUCUCCGCAAUUGCUGGCUGCGUAGCAUUAGCCAUUGCCGUCCAUGGCUUCUUUCAGGACCAACUCCAAGACCAAGAAGCCGACAGCGUAAUCCUCUCAAUCAGGAACGAUAUCGCCAUCCUCCACGACUUCGCGCGCAUCUUCGACUCAGCUGCCAAAGACGACAGGAUCCUCAUAUCUGACAAGCUGCUGCUGAACGAGAUCUGUCUCACGCUGCAACCGCUCCUCGUCAGCAUACAAAACUGGAUCGUACGCAGGCAGAUGGCGCACCUAACAGCAUCACCGACGCGGAAGGUGGCGGAUAAGAUCCUCGGGUUUUUGUACAAACAAGCGGAGUUGCAGAAGGUGGCCAUGCAGCUAUUCCAGUGGACGGAGAGAUACCACAUACGGCUUGGGUUGCUGCCACCUCCGCUGAAAGACAGGUUGUUGACAUCUAGCGAUGGGGUUGACUCGUUAUCAUCCUCGGGUCUCCGCGUCCUGAGAGACACUUUCGCAAAGUUGACCAUGCAAAGCCAGUAUAUACCAGAUACUGGAUUAAGAAAGGCCGAAAGGGAAGUUGUCCUUCGUUCCGGACCUAGUGCAUCCCGAAUGUUCGCGACUCUUGGCCAGGAGACGAUACUCGUCGAGUUCAAACCCCACAAGAGCACCCUCGCCGGGCAGGAACUGUCCAUCUUCGAAUCCGAAGUGACCAAGCUGGUGAAAUUACUCAGCUGUGCUGAAGCGCCACUUUGCCGGAUCCUCAGAGCAGCUGGAUACUUCCACCAGAGCUCUCGCUCUUGCUUCGCAUACCUGUACCAGUUCCCGAAAAAUGUUUCCGUAUCCGCCGACGCCAUAUCACCCUGCACCCUCCUUGAUCUCAUCUGCACCACCCGCCCAUCCCCCCGCACCGGCUCUUCUCAGACGGAGCUCCUCCCGCCUCAGCACGCCCUCGAGGAGCGCUUCGAGUUCGCGCGGAAGAUUGCCUGCGCGGUCAUGUACGUGCACAUGAUGCAGUAUGUGCACAAGUCGAUCCGGACGUCCAACAUCGUUGUCUUAUCCCAAAAGGCUGCUGCCACCACCCCAGAAACGGGAUGUUUUCCAGAGCGGCUCGGCGAGCCAUUCUUGUGCGGGUUUGAGACGGCAAGACAAGACAAGGCUACCAGCGACCAGAGAGGAGAUGCGCACUGGCGUUAUAACAUCUACCGUCACCCGAAGCGGCAAGGGUUGCACCCGCAGGAACGUUACACGAUGAACCACGACAUCUACAGCCUAGGCGUGGUGCUGCUGGAGCUAGGUGUGUGGAGACCACUUCUUAGCACUGGGCUUGCGAAGUUGAAAGACUCAACUGACGAGGAGGUUGCGGCGGCGAAGGUAAAAGAUUAUCUAAAGAAAAUGGCCAAGGAAAGGCUUCCGAUAGUGAUGGGAACAAAGUAUUGCGAGACGGUUCUUUUCUGCUUGGAUGUGGAAGGGGAUGGGCAGAUUGGGAGCUCGACAGUGAUCGAGGAGGUGUUGAGGAAGCUUGAAGAGUUAGCAGUGGGUAUGCAGUGA